AUGGAUCGUCCAAAGGAAGAUUACAGGCUCUCGUAUGUUCCACUUCAAGAUGAACCCCAGAACGUGAAAUCAAAGGAGAGACCCUUAUCGUCUGCCGAACAGGUGUUCCUGCAAUCUCAGACACAACCAUUCUGGGGCGCAAGCUGGACCUUGGAAAUUCUGAGUUGUCUCACUUCGAUUGUGUUCUUUACUGCCAUCAUUGUGGUGCUCUGGUAUUAUGAUGGAAGGCCAAUGCCUGAAUGGCCCUACGGAAUCACACUCAACGCGCUCGUUUCCGUGCUAAGCACUGUCAUGAAAGCUUCUAUGACAUUCAUCGUGGCUGAGGGCUUGGCCCAACUCAAAUGGUCCUGGUUCCGAGGUGGAAACAAGCUGAGUGACCUAGCCCUUCUUGACGCUGGAAGUCGUGGAGCCAUGGGGUCCCUUCUUGUUCUUUUCAGAACUAUGCCUCGACAUCUUGUUACAUUUGGAUGCUUGGUUCUUGUUGUGGCAACCGCUACGGAUCCGUUUGUGCAGCAAGUCAUGUCUAUCAAAGAUCGACCGGUUCGUACCUCGGGCCAUUCCGCCGUGCAGGUCUGCAACACCAGUACCUAUACUGACUAUGGAGAGGGUGCGGGACCAGGAAUGAACCAAGUUCCUCUAAGAACCCUUGGGGCUAUUUAUUCUGGCAUCUUUCAAACUUCCAGUCAGAAUAGCAAAAGUAUUAUGAUGGGCUGUCCGACUGGAAACUGUACUUUUGCACCGUAUCAGUCGCUGGGGUUCUGUAGCCGCUGCGCGGACAUCACAGACUCUCUUACGCUUUCGAAGUCCACCAUUAUCCCUGGUGAGCCGACUUACAAAUACAAUCUACCCAACGGAUUUACCUUUUCAACUUCAAUCACCGAGAUGUACUUGAUGAACUCCACAUCCUCACAUGAUCUUCUCAAGUUAGACACGAGGGACCAAGCUUUGAUUCUCAACUUUACUGCAAUCAGUUCUGCGGGAUACGGGGUUCCACCUGAAGUGAGCGCGACCGAAUGUGCCCUUUUCUUCUGUGUCGACACAUACCACGCAACCGUACAGGGCGGUUUAUUCUCCGAAAACCGCACCGCACUCUUCACCGUAGCAAAUACCUCUUCAGUCACGGAGAACUUCUCUUUGACACCAGAUAUAUGUUAUUCCAAUGGCAGCAGACUUGAGAAAUCAUACGAGACCGACAACUGCUCAUACAACGUGGACUGGCUCAGUCGAUUGGCAAUGUCAAAUUCGAUCUCUCCACUUCUCACGGGCCACGGCUCACUCUUUAUCAGCAAUAGACCAAGCUGGUCGUCUAAUGUUGUCGAGGCUUUGUACGGCGUACAGGGAAAUUAUACGGAUAUCAACUCCGUGUUCCAAUCACUGGCCUCUACACUUACCACCAACGCACGGUCCAAGGUAUGCGAGGACCAAGUCGACGGGAUCCCGUGGACCGUUCAGUCCUUUGUCCGCGUGAGCUGGAAAUGGAUGAUUUUGCCUGGGAUAUUGGUUGCUCUGAGCAUGAUAUUCAUGGUUGUUACAAUUGUGCAUACCAGGAACCAAUAUAUUUGGAAAUCGUCACCCUUGGCUCUACUCUUCUCUGAAUUGUUGGUGGAUGAGCCCUUUCCGUUGCGAUCAGAUCCGACUCUGAAGGGGAUGGAAAACACGUCGAGGAAUAUGGAGGUUUGGCUGGAAACGACGCGGGAAGGGGUUCGACUGAAAGCUGUUCCCACUUCAUGA